UUGAGAUUCAAUGUUUCUGAACUCUUGUGUACUAUUAAUAUAAUAAAUAAUUAUAAGAAUCUCUUUUCUUGAUUUUGGCUUAAGCAUAACAUGCCUGUCUUAAUGUUUCUUUGCCAUCAAUUUUAUUGUGUUCAUUUUCUUACCUUAUCUGUCUUGGAAUAGGAACAAAUCACUCAUUUAGUUUUUCAUUGAGGUUCCAGAAUCUUGAUACAUCUGUCUGACUCUGUCGUCUGGUGCCUGCAUUGGAUAAGUUCCUGGAUAUAGGAAGAAUGGCCAUGACAUUUACCCCCUUGUCAUGGUUGCUUUGGAGUGGAAAACAUCAAGAACCCAAAAUUUCUAAUGGUUCCUCUUUAAAUUCAUCACCUGAUUCGUUAUUGUGGGAAUCGGAUACUUUGAAGUUUCCUCUUGAUCGCAGGAGGGACAUGGCUUCCUCAUCAAGAAAGGUUAAGCGAAAAUGGCAGAGUCGUGAGGAGCGAAAGAUUGACAGGGAAUAUGAUAUUGUUAUUGUGCCAUCAGAUGGUGGAUGUGUUUCAGGGUCUGAGUCUGAGGAUUCAGAUUGGUCAGUUGGAUGGUUGGAGCCUCAUGGACCUGGAUUCAAUAGUGAUGAUGAUUUAGAUGAUAGCUUUGCUGUGCUUGUUCCUUGCUAUGGCUACGGUUGUGCAAAUGUGGAAGAAAAUGCACAAGAUAAGUUUCUGCAAGCCAUCGCAAACUUGAAGGACAUAUAUGCUACUGAGAAUAAGAAGUAUAUGGAGCACUGGGUCUCAUCUCUGAGGAAUCACUGAAAUCCAGCAGCGCCUAUGGUGCUGAUCAAAACUUGUUUUCUGCUGCUUAUCCUGAUUCUAUGUUGCAGUGGAUCAAACUUGAGCUGUUACGGUUACUCACUACAAGCUUAGAUAUGAACUCUAUAGAAAUAUGAAGAUAUGAUAUCCUAAAACAAAAAAAAAAUGUCUGGAAAUAAUGUAUAUUUGUAGAAAGAGGAGUGAGUUUGAAGGACGCUAAUAUUUGAGGAGAAGAAACAGCAGACGAUAUAGGCAUCUGCUGCUUCCUAUCCACUCUCAAAAAGAAAAA